AUGAUGAGAUUCUUGUUAUUAGUAAUUGUAACAUGGAUUUUGAUGAUGAUGAUCCCAUGCAUGGCUCAAAACGACACUACUUCUGUGAAAGUUGGUGUCGUUUUGGACAUGGAAACUCAGAUGGGUAAGAUUUGGUUAAGUUGUAUUGAAUUGGGUCUCUCAGAUUUUUACAACUCUCAUCCACACUUUAAGACAAGAUUGAUUCUCAAUAUUAGAGACUCUAAAGAAGAUGUGGUCACUGCAGCUUCUCAAGCUUUGGAUCUCAUAAAAAAUGUACAAGUGAAAGCAAUCUUAGGACCUCAUAGUUCAUCUCAAGCUAAAUUCAUCAUCGAUUUAGGUCAAAAAGCUCAAGUGCCAAUAAUAUCAUUUUCAGCAACAAGUCCUUCUCUUAUUCCAAGCCAAAACUCAUACUUUUUCCAAACAGCAAUAAGUGACUCAUCUCAAGUCAAAGCCAUUAAUUCAAUAGUCAAACUUUUUGGAUGGCGAAAAGUGGUGCCCAUUUACACUGCCAAUGAAUAUGGAGAAGGCAUCAUUCCUUAUUUAGUUGAUGCCUUGGGAGAAAUUGAUGUCAGAGUCCCUUAUCGAAGUGUCAUACCGCCAUUAGCUACUGACGAUCAAAUUAAGUUUGAGCUUUACAAACUCAACGCAAUGCAAACUAGGGUUUUUGUUGUUCACAUGUCGUACGACCUUGGGUUAAAGUUGUUUUCCAUAGCUAAAAAGAUUGGAAUGUUAGAACGAGGCUAUGUUUGGAUAAUAACACAAGAUUUCACUAAUCUUUUGGGCUCAUCAUUAGAAUAUUCUUCAAAUAUUUUUAGUUCAAUGGAAGGAGUUUUGGGAAUUAAGACUUUUGUGCCACAAUCGAAAGAGCUUGACAAUUUGAAAAUUCGAUGGAAAGCCAAGUUCUACAAAGAUAACAAUCUCAACAAUUUUUUCGAUGCUACUAAACUUAAUGUUAUGGGCUAUUGGGCUUAUGACUCAGUUCGUGCAUUAGCCUUAGCCGUUGAAAAAAUUGGUAGUAGCAUUGUUAAUAAUGAUGCCAAAUUAAAUAAUGUUACAAAUGGUGGCUCAACGGAUCUUGAUAGUUUUGGUGUGUCAAAAAUUGGUCCAAAAUUAUUAGAAACCUUAUCAGGUACAAGAUUUGAAGGCAUAGCUGGAAAUUUUAGCUUGGACAAUGGUCAACUAGAAACGUUGACAUUUCAAAUAGUAAAUAUUGUGAAUGGUGGCGGAGAAAGAGAGAUAGGUUUUUGGAUACAAAAACUCGGGCUAGUAAGAACUUUGUUGAAUUCGAGUGAAUCGAAUCUAGGGCCUAUAAUAUGGCCAGGAGAGUCCACAUUGCCUCCAAAAGGUUGGGAUUUUGCAACAAAUGGGAAGAGACUAAGGAUUGGAAUUCCGGUUAAAAGUGGCUUUAAUGAGUUUGUAAAAGUGGUCAAUUAUGAUUCGAGUACCAACAUAUCUGAUGCUACGGGCUUCACUAUUGACGUAUUUAAGGCUGUAGUUAAAGUAUUACCAUAUGCUCUUUUGUACGAUUUUUUUCCCUAUGUAAAGGAUGAUGGUGAAAGCGCUGGCACUUAUGAUGACUUAGUCUAUCAAGUAUAUCUUGGGAAAUAUGAUGCAGUGGUCGCAGACUCGACAAUUAGAGCAAACAGGUCAAAAUACGUAGAUUUCACAUUACCAUACACUAUGGAAUCAGGUGUGGCAAUGGUGGUUCCAAUGGAAGAUAACAAAAGAAAAAGUGCUUGGAUUUUCAUAAAGCCUUUGACUUGGGAUCUAUGGAUCGCCAUCCUUUGUUUCUUCCUCUUCAUCGGUUUUGUUGUUUGGGUUCUAGAACACCGAAUAAACGAAGAUUUUCGCGGACCACCUUCUCAUCAAAUUGGCACAAGCUUUUGGUUCUCCUUUUCUACUAUGGUUUUUGCACAUAAGGAGAGAGUGAUUAGUAACUUGGCUCGAUUUGUGUUAAUCAUAUGGGUGUUUGUGAUAUUUAUAUUGACUCAAAGUUACACAGCUAGUUUAACAUCACUUUUAACAGUGCAACAACUUCAACCAACAAUUAGUGAUAUAAACCAACUCUUGAAGAGUGGGCAAAGAGUUGGUUAUUUGGGUAACUCUUUUGUGUAUGGACUAUUGAGACAAACAGGUUUUCCAGCUUCACAAAUUGUUGCUUUUGAUUCUGCUGAAGAAUGUGACCAAUUUUUGACUAUGGGAAAUGCAAAAGGUGGUGUUGCUGCUGUUGUUGAAGAAACCCCUAAUAUGAAGCCUUUUCUUGCUCAAUAUUGCAAUAAAUAUACCAUGAUUGGCCCAAUAUUCAAAACCGAUGGCUUCGGUUUCGUUUUUCCAAAAGGGUCUCCACUUGUAGGCGAUGUCUCAAGUGCCAUUCUAAAUGUUACCGAAGGAGAUGAAAUGAAUAAAAUCGAGAGGAAAUGGUUCAAAAAUGAACAAAACACUUGUUCAAACUCCGACCCCAAAACCUCAUCCAACAAUCUAAGCCUAAGUAACUUCUGGGGUCUAUUCCUAAUAGCCGGAGUUUCUUCAUUAUUUGCACUCAUAAUCUUUGCUAUUAUGUUCCUUCAUAAACACAAGGAAGUCUUGUUGGAUUCCAAUGUUUCACUUGGGAAAAAAAUCAAAGUAAUUUUUGAAAACUUUGACCAGAAAGACCUAAGCUCCCAUACUUUUAGAAAAAAUAAUGAUCAACCCAAUGAUGGGUAUGAUACAGAUGUUGUGGAGAUCAUUACUAGUACUAAUAAUACCAAUUGUCCUCCAAGUCCAUCAACUACCAACUAUACAAUUCCAAAUUCACCUGCUUCAAUGUGA